AUGGACACUACUUUAGACGUGGGCCGCCGCAUCGUCCAGAUGUUCUGGGACCCAGAGCCCACUAACGACGUGGUCAAAGAUCAGCCUGCAUGGUGCUUGGGCACCUCCUACAAGCUGAACAACAGCCCCGUCACCAAAUCUGCCGAAUCCGCAGCCUCUCCCUCUCGUGCCGCCCGUGAGACAUCGAAAAGCAAGUCGCCGGUACGACAGGCACCCGCAAAACAAACCGAGACACCGCCCGAGUCUAUAUCUAGUAGCUUUGACUCCUCCCUGGCAUACGAAGAGGCCCCCAAGGACGGAGGGUGGCCGCCAGCCUUUCUAGACGACUUUGAGUCACGAAUAUGGAUGACCUACCGGUCCGAGUUCGAGCCCAUCGCCAAGUCCCACGACCCCAAGGCCCUGGCCGCUCUGUCUUUCUCCAUGAGGAUCAAGCAACAACUCUCGGACCAGACCGGCUUUGCCUCAGAUAGUGGGUGGGGAUGCAUGAUACGAUCUGGUCAGAGCCUCUUGGCCAACGCCAUGGUCUUGCAGAGGUUGGGAAGGGACUGGCGCAGGAAGCCAAACGAUGCGGACGAAAACAAGCUACUUCAGCAAUUCGCCGAUGACAAGAGAGCUCCUUACUCGCUGCAUAACUUUGUCAACCACGGCGCAACGGCCUGCGGAAAGUAUCCAGGCGAGUGGUUUGGCCCGUCAGCGACAGCUAGGUGUAUACAGGCAUUGACCAACGAACACGAACCGAACCUGCGAGUCUACUCGACAGGAGAUGGCCCUGAUGUGUACGAGGAUAACUUUAUGAAGAUCGCCAAGCCCGACGGGAAGACGUUCCAUCCAACGGUCAUCCUCGUAAGCACGAGACUGGGUAUAGACAAGAUCACGCCGGUGUACUGGGAAGCGCUCAUUGCAUCUUUGCAGAUGCCGCAGUCUAUUGGAAUUGCUGGCGGUCGACCCUCGUCCUCACACUAUUUCAUCGGUGUUCAGGGUUUGUACCUCUUCUACUUGGAUCCUCACUACACCCGCCCUGCCCUUCCGUACCAUGAAGACCCCAAUGACUACGUCCCGGAGGAGGUUGAUACCUGCCAUACUCGCAAGCUUCGACGCCUCCAUAUCAAGGAAAUGGACCCAAGCAUGCUUAUUGGUUUUCUGAUCCGCGACGAAGAGGACUGGGUCGACUGGAGGCGGAGUGUGAAGCACGUCCAGGGCAAGUCUGUCAUCCACGUUUCGGACCAUGACCCCGUCGCUCAAUGCGAAGCCCAAGGCAGCAGUUUCAUGGAUCGAGUGGAGGCCAUGAGCGACGAUGAUAACGACGGCGAUGCUAUGCUUGACGACUAA